UCGCCUCGCGACCGCCGCCGCCAGUGUGCCGGGCACGCCAGACGAUCGCUGUUGACCGUUGCCGGUGCUCCGUCCGUCGACUACGCGAACCGAUCGCGUCGUUUUCUCCGUUCCUCUGACCUUUUUUUCACACGUCACUACCGCGACAAACCGCCCGCCGCGGGUAUCGCCGGUAACCGGGUGGUGACCGGAAGACUCGCGUGUGCCGGACCGCGACUGUGCGCUCGAGAGUACGCGCGUGUUUGUGUGUGUGCGCGUGCGAGUGUUUCGCGGUUGACGCUGGACUCUUUUUCGACUCUCGUGUUUCCGAUGUCAUUCCACCCCGUGGUCACGUCCCAAGAGGUAGGUAGAUCGUUUUCUGGUUUCCGUAUGUUCGGCUGCUCCUUCAUGGCAAUACGUCGCGGGUGAUGAAAAUAUAAAAAAAAACCAUGCAGUUAAAAAACGAAAAAUGUAUUCGAGAACAUUUAGCCGUUAACGAAAGAACAUGGUGUGAUCGAUUUGCUCGGUAGCAGAAGAUUUAACACGUUGAGUACGUAUAUUAUACGUGAAAACACUAUUGAACUUGUGACCAGACUACGGAUGCAGUCGAUUGAAGUGAAAAAUGUACUUUACCGUAAUCAAGAGGCGAAAUUGUCUUUAAAAUGUCAUGUUAAAAAUUAACGGAUCAAAGAUUCGAGUUCCUAGUCAUUUUCGAUACCCGUUCGUGUCGAUUAUUCAGACAGUGACAUUCAAGUAGACAACAGUGCGUAUAAUUGAGUUGUAGACACUCAAAGGACGAGCAAAUUUCAUGGUCGGUCAUGUGGUUUUCUUCAACAUGACGAUGGAACAUUGAAUUCGAUAACGCAUAACCAACUGUAGAACACUGAAGAAGACGUUGAAUAUAUUUCGAGAGAGUAAUGCACAAAACGUCUUCAGAUAACGUCAAUUGAAGACACCGCCGCUAUUGCCAGCAAAAAGAUACACAAUGACACGCAGACCGGCCGAGGCUCGGAGCGGGUCGAACAACCACCACCGUCCAGCGUGAUGACGCGCGCGUUCGCGACGAUGCCGAUCGGACGUACCGCACUGGCGGUGAUGAUUUUCGCUGCGGCCGUGGUGGCUGCGACACUGGCCGCAACCGCGGACUGCCCGGUGGGAUGCACGUGCAAAUGGAAGGGCGGCAAGCAGACGGUGGAGUGCGUGAACAAGAGUCUAACGGCCAUACCGGUAGGUAUAGAUGCGGGCACGCAGGUGCUGGACAUGUCGGGCAACACGCUGGACGAGCUAACGCGCGGGCGCUUCCUGUUGGCCGGGCUGUCCAACCUGCAGAAGAUCUUCAUGGCCCGGUGCCGGAUCGCGUACGUGGACGAUGCGGCGUUCCAAGGGCUGUCCAACCUGGUCGAGCUGGACCUAUCGGACAACGGUAUCGUGGAGGUGCCGACCAAGUCGUUCGACGACUACCCGCAGCUGAUGAAACUGGUGCUCAGCGGCAACGCGGUGACGGCCGUGCGGACGGGCGCGUUCAAGCGGCUCGCAUAUCUGACCGUCCUCGACCUGAGCCGGUGCCGGCUGUCCACGGUCGAGGUGGGCGCGUUCGACGGGCUUGACCACCUGGAAUGGCUACGGCUCGACCACAAUCAGCUGGCGCGCAUCGAGGCUAACGGCGGCUCGGUGCUGCCGUUGCGAUUGCACGGCAUCGAGAUGCACCACAACCCGUGGACGUGCGACUGCCGGCUGCGUGACGUGCACCAGUGGCUGAACAACAAUACCGCGCCGCACACGGUGGAGCCCACGUGCCACGGCCCGGACCGGUUACGCGGCGCCGCAGUCCGCAAACUGGCCGCGGAGGAGCUGGCGUGUGCGCCCGAGGCGGCCGCCGCGUCCGCCCGGUACGUGGAGACGGACGCGGGCAAGAACGUGACGCUCGCGUGCCGGGUCACACCCGUCGGUGAGGCGCGAGUCUCGUGGUGGUUCGAAGGCCGGCCCGUGGCCAAUGGCACCGCGACCGGCGGCGUCGAGCUGUCCAUCGAGGACGUAGGCCCGGCGGACAACGGCACGUAUGCAUGCGUGGCCGAAAACCGCGCUGGUCGGGCCGUGUGCAACUUUACCGUGCGCGUCAUCCAGGAACCAUCCGAGAUGGCGGCAGGCUCGUACCCACCACACAAACCCGCUCCCGCCGUUGUGGCCAUCGUCCUGGCCGCCGGAUCGGUGUGUUUCGUAGCCGUGGCCGUCAUGUUUGCGGUCGGUUGCCGGCUGAUGGUAGCCAAGCGACGUCACCGUCGGACCGAAAGCGGCCGGGGUAGCAAGUCGGUUGGCGCGGCUGAAGACGACUCCGCCGCCGGUGGUGGUGGUGGUGGUGGACAAGCCGCCAAGCAAUCAUCGGAUAUCCGGCAGUCGGACUCGGUGAACCUAACCGUGUCGUCCACAGUCGACGGCAAACUGUCUUCGACCGAGGACUUGAGCGUGUAUGGCGAGUACGAAGCGGCCGCGGCAGCCAGUGCGGGAGGAGGUGCGAUAGCUGCGUACGAAGUCCACGAGGUUCUGCACAUGGGUAGUGGUGGUGGCGGCGGUGUUGGUGAGGGCUACGACACGUAUCAUGGCCACACUACCGCGACCACCCUAGAAGCCAACCCGGACCUGAUCAGUGACGCGUCCACAGUGGUCCGAGACAACGUGGGCGAUUACCGGGACGCAGCCGGUGGCGGUGACGUGUACAAGAUCGUCGUGGCCGCCCAGCCGUCCGGUGUCGGUCGCGAGUUUUGGUCCGGAGGUGCAGCCGCGAUCGUAUACCCAUCUGCCGGCCACGGGUCGCACGAGCUGCAGCUGUCCCCGGGAAAGCUGGCAGCCGGCGAACCGUACCCGCCCGAUUAUGGACUGCCCAAACUGCAGCCGGUGGCCGUGUCCUCGUACCCGGUACCGCCACAGUCGUUUUACCGUACGCUGCCGCACCGGCGGAACGCGGCCAAACCGCAAGGCCGGUCGUGCCAGGAGGCCGAGUUCGUCAUGUCGCAGCAGCAGCACCACCAUCAUCACCAUCACCACCACCAUCACCAACAGCAACAGCAACAGCAGCAGCACCACCAACACCACCAGAACGGCAUGCGGUACGAGCCGCAAAACGUGCGGUACAACCAACAGGGGUACCCGUACCCGGCGGCCGCGGCGUUCUACGAGCCGCCGUCGCUGUCAAACGCGUCCGCGCAAACAUUGGACGAGGAAACGAUGAUCAUGAUGAUGAUGAUGCCACCGCCACCGCCGCCAGCGCAAAUGCCGCAGAUACAGGCGCAGCCGCCAACUGGUGCCGCGGCGCUACCAGCAGUCAGGAAACAGCAAAUGGAACAGCAGCACAAGGCCGUCACCUCAGUGCAAAAGCAGCCGGUCAACUCGGAGAGCCCGGACGAAGGUUACGUGGGUGAAGGGCCCGACUCGUAAGCCCACUCGGUGACUACUCACUCUCGAUACGCUGUCACCUUGCGUCCGUAAACCUCAACGUUAAAUGUUUGGAACGCGAAACCGCACCGUAGUCUGUUGUAAGAAUCACAAGUACGAAUCAUGCACGAAUCAAGUUUUUCCCCGUCGCCACACCUCGACCCGAAAGUUUGCAUUGUACGACCGCCGAACGUGGUUCACUACCGACGAGUCGAACUUGACCUGGUACGGAUCCGGACGGAGGAUGAGGAUGUUGUUGACGAAAAACUAACGUCGAAAACACGUUCGACGCGACUUUCGUCUUUGUAAGAGUGGUUUUCAAACGCUACCGCACGUCAGGUCACGCUGCGAUCAUUAUGAUUCAGUAAUCGAACCACGUUUAGUGCCCGUGAUGUGUCACUGGCCGAAAAAGUUAAACGACGGCGUUAAAUUAGAAAAGUCUCGAAAACGCUAGGGCGUUUCCCGUGAAAAUCCAUCGCGAACUUCCAUGAGUUAUCAUGUACGACGUUUAAGUGUGUAAAGUUACGCCGUCGACGCCGGCACGUCGGACAAAUAUAUAUAUUAACUCUGUUCCGAUUAAAGUUAAUUUUCCGUCUUCACUGAAAAACCAAAUAAUAUUCUCCUCUUCCUUCGCCUCAUCAAUUCGUUGUGUUUUACUACAAUUCGCUAAAUAUAUGGUUUUUAUCAAAUCUUGUUCAUAUUUUUUUUAUUUUUUUUUAAAUGUAUUUAUACAAUGAGUUCAUAACACACAAACUCAUAUAAUCUUCAUGUGAAAACUAUUUCAAUUGUUAGGAUAGCUACUAUUGGUUAAAAUUGUUGAAUAGAACCUAAUGGUUUUCAUUUGUUGCGACGUUUUUCAGUUGUAACGACUACGGAGUAGUUUUCUAACAAUAAUACUGUAGAGAUAAUCUACGAAUUUCACAGUUGGCAGUUUUUUUUUUUAAAAAAAAAACUUUUCUUUUACCAAACACAUUGAGAUUUUAAAUUCAUAGGUUUAUUUUCAGAUUAAAUUUAACUCAACUAAUAUACGGUGGUAUUCAAUGGAGUUUCUUUAUUUUUUACAUAUAUAUAUAUAUAUAUAUAUAUAUUAAAUUUAUCUGUUCGUGGCGUAUUUUUUUUCUCUCACAUCGUAGAGCACAUCGUAGUUAUGAUAUUGUGAGAUCAAAAUGAUAAAAUAUAUAAUACGACAAUCCAUGACUAUUAUUAACGUGCAUUAAAUUAAGAAAAAUUGAAGCGUUACAAUUAUAGGACGUUAUUGUAUUUGAGGCUCAAACAUAAAACCAGAAUACUUUCCAUCCCAUUGUUAAAAAUGUAUAUCUUUACUACCUUUUCCUGCUGUUCACCAUAAUCAUUUUCUCGGUGUUUUUGGUUUCCGAUAAAUAUUUGACGUAUCGACUGGCUUUUAAAAUAUAACCAUCAUAUAAUAUUAUUUUAGUAUAAUGUUAGAAAAAAAUGUUUAAAAAAUACCAAUUUGAAUUCAUAUUGGUUCAUCCGUCUUGAAUGUAUAUUGAGAUUAUGUUAUUUUAUGUACUCGUAGUUUAUUCGUACUUGUAAAUAUGAAUAUAAUAAUUUUAAUACAUACUACGUUUAACUCAAUAAAAUAUUAUGAUAUAACUUGUCAUGAAAGUUUCUCUGAACGGUUAAAAAA